GCAGGCUGACUGAGAGGACUUGUAGCUAGCUAUCAUUAGCAGUUCCUCUGCAGAGAUAAAGUAACCGCUAAUUGUAUUUAUAUAUAACAACCAAGCAUAUCUUAUCCUACGUUUUCCUGCCAACACAACGAUACGGGCAGCGGAUUUCCUCACAGAGUCACCCUCAGAGGCUUUCCACCCCAGCUCUGAAGAUGGCGGAGGACCAUGUUCACUGUAUGUCCUGUGUUUACCAGAGAUGCACGGUCAGACCUCAACCAGGCAUUUCUUGUGAGCUUAUCACCUGUCCUCUGGUGUGUGGGGCUGUAUUUCACUCCUGCAAAGUUGAUGAGCACCACCUGAUGUGCCCAUUGGUGAGAGUACCCUGCCUAAACAGUGGCUACGGCUGUCCCGCCACCCUGGUGCGCAACCAAAUGUAUGCACACCUCGAAGUGUGUCCAGCUGGAGUGGUGUGUUGCACUAUGGAGUGGAACAGGUGGCCCAUUAGCUGCCUGGACUAUACUUCCUAUGAGAGCCUGAGCCGUGGUGUGGAGGAGGUGGAGCAGCUAGACAUGGCACUGGCCCUUCAGGACCAGCGUACACUACUGGAGUCCCUCAAGGUGAUUGCUAUGGCACCUACUGCAAAGGGAGAGCCACUUGUCCCUGUUAGCAAGGACAACGGAGCAACAGGCUCAGUUUUGCUUACAUCUGCUCCCGAGGCCUCCACCUUUAUUGAGUCACCUUCACAGUCAUCUUCCUCACAUCAGCCACAACCUCCCCCACCAGGCUCGGCAAAGGAGAAAAUUGUCAGUGGAAUUAAUGGCUUGAACGAGGAGCACUUCAGUAAACUGUAUGAGGCCACGGUUGAGACUGCGAGAAGCCUAGUUGCUGCUUUAGAAUUUGUUAGCAGUGCCAACUCUGUUGACAGCAGUACAGAGAACAGAGGAGCUGCUGUGCAGCCGAAUAGAUUGAGCCUCAAUGGAGACCUUCAGAAUGGGCCGGAAGACAAAACACCUGUAGCUGCUGAAGAUUUGAAAAGAAGCGAGAUGGAGGAGCAAAGUGUUUGUUCUAGCUGUUUGAAAGGAAGUGGGGCUCUGAAAGGAGCAGAAGGACAGAUUUUAAACACAACCAAUGGACUGCUGUCAGGAGCACCUGAGACCCGUCUGGAGACAGCCUGUCCUGUUAUGGUGCAAGAUGACAUGAAUGCUGCCGUUUCUCAGGAGCCAGUCCCGCCUCCAAUGGCAUCUCCAGUGCAUGUCAGCCAGGGUGUGGCACAGCGGGCUGGUCAUGUGGUUAAAGAAGAUAGGGGGCUAGUUCUUUUAGAAAAUAAUGGGCCUGAGCACAAGUUUCACAACUACCAGUUUUUUAGGGUCCAGGGCCAAUGUUCAUUACCUAAUCAACAGAUUGGUGUCGUCCCGGACAGACAGCCAUUGUACAGAUUGCGACCCAAUAUGGAGGACAAGGCAGUGGAUACCUCGGACCUGGAGCAGGAUGAUGAUCCCAUGGGUCUGGGAGAGAUUGAUCUGAUCACAGCAGCCCUGCUAUUCUGUUUAGAGGAGUCCAGAGAGUGUAGAAGGAUCUCUGAUACAGUCUUUGUUGAUGGCCACCGUGUUGACUUUGGCACACAGACUUUCACUUUCCCUGCAACGAUCUUGGUAACCAACACUAGAGUGGGUGACAUGGCCUCUGCGUCUGCCUGUGACCAUGCUGCCCCCCAGCUCUCCUACCCCAGCCCUUUCCGCACACUCCGCCUUGGCCUUGUCCUGGAAGCUCUGGAGGUGGAGGCGGUUCCACAUAACCGCUACCUCCCUCCCAACCCCCGUUACCAGCACAUGUUCCCCUUCGUCUGUGGUCAGUCAUUCCGCCGGGACCAGUUUUCUUCCCAUUUCACAAAUGUUCAUGGUGACAUUCAUGCUGGUCUCAAUGGUUGGAUGGAGCACCGCUGCCCCCUGGCAUAUUAUGGUUGCACAUUUUCCCAGAGGAGGUUUUAUCCAUCCACCCAGGGGGCCAAGGUGGUUCAUGACAGGCACCUCAGGUCCUUUGGGGUUCAGCCUUGCCCAAAGGCAAAACUUCCAAGUGACUCCCAGUCUGACCAAAUUAGCGGGCUUCCCAUUGAGAUACUGUGGCACAUAGCUGGGUUCCUGGACAGUUUCAGCCUGUGUCAGCUGUCGUUGGUGUCACGGACAAUGAGGGAGGUGUGUGCCAGUCUCCUCCAGACCAGGGGUAUAGUGGACCUGCAGUGGGAGCGAAGACAGUGCCCUGGUGCUCCUGGUACUGUGACAUGGCAGAUUAAAAAUAGAGUGUGGAGAUUCAGCACUGCCUUCAGCCCGGUGUUGUCGUGGCAUUUCACGGAUCUCCCCAGCAUGUCGGACCAUCUCAAGAAGUGCCACUUCAACGUAGUGGAACACAAGACAGAGCCUGUGCCCCUUCCUGCCAUGUGUACUGCACGAGACGGACACUCACUGCGCCACGCCCUGCGUCACAUUAACACCUGACCAAACAAGGCUGCCCUCUCAUAGUUACACGAGGGUCGCUGUGGUAUUAUGUGGAAGCAGCAAUUAAAAGAUUUUCUGUCUUGAAAACAAUGAACUUUGUGACACUAGCUCAUGAGGAAGCCUUAAUGAAAUAACACCUUACUUGCCACAGUGAAGGACUGUUGUUGUGAUUGGUCUCCAUAUGGUGAAAAAAACCCAGCUUUGCAUGGAUUUGUGUUGUACACACGCCCUUAUUCUGAAAGACAAAUAUGCACAAUAGAUUAUAUAUAUAAUAUAUUAUUCUAUAUGGUAUACUGAAAAAAUGGAAUUUAAAAUGUUUUCACUAUCUUGCCUUUCAGUAGUAGCCAUGGGAAAAAGCAGAUUGUUGGUUAUAUUGCACUAUUUCUGUGUGACAGAAGUUAUGACAGCACUUUACACAAGAUUUGCUCAUCCCUCCUAUGUUGGUAUGUGACCCUAAAUGAUCUAGUCUUUCUGAUCCUUAUAGAGGGUGUCAACCUGAUGCAAGUCUGUUUUCUGUCAGGAAGUCAAAACAGAUGGAUAUUAAUGAGGAUAGCCUGAUGAUGCUUGUGAUUUGCUACCAUUUAAUAAAGUCUUUACAGCCUUUUAUAUAAUUGUUUAUCUUGAAUGCUCCUCGUAGUCAUAAGCCUAAUUGUUAUUAUCAAGAGGUACUUGGAUACAAGAGAAAUAUCUUUACUUACAAAUUUUCGCAUCUUAUGCUGAACAGAGCCAUGUUGUAUGUUGUGCAUAUACAGUAAUGUACAUGUUAUGGGCAAGUAGAAGAUGUUUUGAAAUCUUAACUGUAGUGUAGCUUUUAAGAACAGCUAUAUACAGAUAGUUGUCAGUUUAUUAGGUACACAUACAUACAUACACAAACAAAUGUAGUCUUAUACAACAGCUGGCAAUGAAGCCUACAUAAGGUUAUAAUGUUGAGUUCUUGUCAAAACCAUUUUAGAGAGGUGCUGAUU